AUGAACACUUUAUUGAAACGGUUAAAUGUGGACAUUUUAUGUUCUCACCGAACUGUCACGAAACAGUGGAUGUAUAUAUAUGGCAGAAAGUGUUUAGUGUGUUUAUCGGGUAAUUUGCGAGCGAUGGAUGACAUGUAUCUUAUCCUUACAGAAAUGGAAGUUGUUUUCCUGCACAUUUUAGGGAAUGAUCAGAUUGUUUACGGAUUGCGGAUUGCUUAG